AAGUAAACUAAAAAUCGAUGAAAGGGUAGUAAAUAUCCCGUGAAAAUAUGGAUAUUUGUUUUCAAUAUCAGAAAAAAAGAAGUGAAUUCGGUAGACAGUGUAUAUUUUCCGACAAAGGACCAGACAUCAUCGAUAAUUAUCCUUCAAAUAAAAAACUAUCAAAAGAGUUCAUAUCAAGAGAUCCAGUGUCACGUUCGCAACAAUGCGCCCCGAUUCUAUCAGAACACCAUCUGAAUACCAUGAGAGCAGAAUUUGCAAACAGCGGCGUAAAUCAUUUCGAAGGUGGUUGGCCGAAAGAUAUCAACCUCGCCGACGAAGAACAAACCAAAAGAUAUAGAAGAAAAAUCGAAAAAGACGAACAGUUUUAUCACGUGAUGAUGGCAUUAUUCAAAAAUAUGGAAGGUUGUAUUUUACAGAACAACGCCGUUAAUAUUUAUCAACAAUAUUUUUCCGAUAUAGAACAAACUCCUUUUGUCGAAAGAAGUUCCGCAAGAACGGUUAACGUCUAUCAAGAUCAAAGUACUCCCACUAGACCGGUUACCCAUAUAUCUUGGUCGCCGGAUAAUCAAAAAAAAUUAGCCGUAUCUCAUUGUAACUUAGUAUUUCAAUCGGUUGUAGCCAAACAGGCUAACGUUUCUUAUAUUUGGGAAGUAGAAAAUCCAAACAGACCUUUGUACACUUUGAAACCCGAGCAAUCCAUAGUAUGUCUGGAAUACAACCAGAAAGAUCCGAAUAUCCUUGUCAGUGGUCAAACGAAUGGUCAAGUAGCUUUAUGGGAUAUCAGAAAAAGUAUGGAACCGGUUGAUAUGUGUGCAAGAGAAAGUAGCUUUAUAGAUCCAGUAUUGAAUGUACUAUGGAUAAAUUCCAAAACUGGAACGGAAUUUUUUAGCUCGUCUAGUGAUGGACAAAUAAAAUGGUGGGACACCAGAAAACUCUCCGAUCCAACAGACACUCUUCUCCUUGAUUAUUCUAAAGACGAAGAGCAAAACCUUUCUAACGCCAUAGGUGCUUCCGUUUUAGAAUACGAAAGUACCAUUCCAACUAGAUUUAUGGUCGGAACCGAGCAGGGUACCGUAAUAUCCGGCAAUAGAAAAGGAAAAACUGCGUUAGAAAAGAUUGCUCAAAGAAUUCCCAACGCUCAUUUGGGACCUGUAUUAGCUCUUCAAAGAAACCCGGCAUUCCCAAAAAAUUUCUUAACUGUAGGAGAUUGGACGGCCAAGAUUUGGUCUGAGGAUUGCAGGGAAAGUUGCAUUAUGUGGACAAGUUUCCAUAAAUCUGCAUUAACUGAUGGAGCUUGGAGCCCCACAAGACUUUCCGUAUUCUUUACAACCAGAUCAGACGGUACACUCGACGUUUGGGAUAUUCUGCAACAACAAAAACAAGCGAGUCUCAACAUUAAAAUAUGCGACGUGAAACUAACACGUAUAAAGGCACACGAUCACGGUAAACUCCUUGCUCUUGGAAACCAAAACGGUACGGUGUCUUUGGUGGAGUUGAGCGAGAAUCUUUCCGCAUCAGUCAAAAACGAUAAAAUGCUAUUGACAUCCAUGCUCGAUAGAGAAGCUCGCCGAGAAAAGAUACUUGAAGCUCGGAAUCGAGAAAUUCGAUUGAAACAAAGACAAAGACAGCCUUGUCCGAAAGAAGAUAGAGAUGAGGGCGACGGCGACGAUGGAGAUGACGCAGGUUUUGGAAAGGAUAGUUUAGUAAAAGCAGCAGAAGAAGAAUUUUAUAAUACCAUCGAAAAAGAAGUAGCAAAGACGAAAGACAUUGAGGAUCAACCAGAAGAAGUAGAAAAAGAUCAAAAUAUCAAAGAUGGGAUAAAUAAAAUAUCUACAACAGAAGAAGCUACAAAUACUCAUUAAAUACUUUUCGAAUAUAGAGAAUGUGGAGAGAGGCGAAGCUCCUCCACGUCCAUUUAGAUUCAACUGAUGAGAUAUGAGAUUACAUGUAAUAGUAGAUCAUUCCUCACCCAAGUCAAGACUUUCUGGUACCGCAACAGAACAAUUAAAUCUGCCUGUAUCUUGACUAGACCUAAUUCUUCUUGAAAAUUCAAGAUAAUUGAAAAAACAUUUCCAGGAAAUGUGACACAAACAGCAUUAGCACAAUCGGAAAAAACAUACCCCAAGUUACUACAUUCAUAUCAAUCAAUGUACAAUUUACCUAAAAAGUUUUGUUUCAAAUCUCUAAGAAAAAAAAAAUAUCUAAAAACAUAUAUACUGCGUUUUUUAUAUAUUUUGGACGUACUGUACAUAAAAGUAAACACUAGAUUCCGCAACUGUUACUUAAAUCAUGUUAUGCUACUACCCCUUCGUGGAGAAACGGAAUGUAAUCAUUUCAACCACUUCUACUACUUUUGUUUUAUAUAUUUCUAUCUAAUCUCUUCUUAUAACAUUUUCUGACUAAAUUCGUGGAAAAAAUAUGUGAAUACUCACGUUACGUAA